AUGGAAGGUUCCUCUAAUCAAGCGCCUAACCAAGGCCAGUCUGUCAUGUCGCCCAGCACACCUUCCUCUUACGCUGUCAACAUCAAUAGGAAGAAGACACGGAAAUGGGUCGAGGCGAAAGUGCAGAACUACGAUGGCGACGAUUGGGGUGCCCCCGAAUCGGAAGACGAGCCCGAUUCACCUGAGGUGCCUUUGCCAGCUCGUCGACCAGCGCCAGUCGGUGGCACAAGGUUACCAUCUGAAUCGAGAAUCCCCGGGGCUGGACGAGUACCGCAGGCGCCGAUUCUCCAGCAGCCGCAAGCGCCCACGAAGCCCGCGUACGAGCGCCCCGAAGUGGGAAUAUCAGCUGCGACAGACGCGCCUGUCUUCAGCGAGAAGAACGAGCCGGACAAUGUCGCGGCCGCGCCAACAUCGUCUCAGAUUCCCGAGGCGGAGCAACCCGAGGCGCCACGCGUUCACGGUGACGAGGCCAUACCUGACCCACGGGAAGAUCUCGCGCAGGAUGGGAAACGCGUCUCGGUCAGCCCUCAGCUGCCCAACGUCGCACGUCUGAGUGCCUUUGGCGCGGACAUGUUUUCGAGUGGCUCAGAGUUGUCGCUACCAAGGGAGCCAGUCGUUCAGGAAGAACGGGAGCCUUCGCCAGCACCGCUGAGUACGGGCCCCACUACUGCGCCUGUGGCCAAGAACCACUCUAACACUUCGACGGAUUAUGCCACCGAACCUGAGCAGCCUUCGGCGAGUGAUUUGCCCCAGAAGAAUGACCAAGAUGGAGUGCCUCUCGCAGCAGAGCCUGGCGCUGAGGCUGUCUCAUCCGUCCGCGAACAUGAGGAGGGUCUGUCAACAACUUCGUCCAACAAAGUGUCGUCUGAGGAGCCAAAACACGUGCGAAAUGGGACAGACACCGCGACGCUACCACCUCUGCACAUUCCAAGCCCGCAUGAAGCUUCCACUGCCCCAACAGGAUCGACCGAGCCCACGAGCGGAAAACCAACCAGCGGAAUCCUUCCAACCGAGCCUCUGCACCCCAGGAAGCCAGACUACACCCCGUCAGAUUACGAGCCUCAACAACUAGGCAGACAGCAGACCCGUGAUUCCACGACGUCUUCACCUCUCAAGGAGAGUGACGUGUUGAGCGAUGAGAUUAUGCGGUCUCUCACGCCUGGUGGACUUAGUCCCCAUUGUGAACACCCAGACGAGAAGCGCGAGCCGCCAGUUCCUGCCACCGGCCGUGAAAGCAGCUACGCGUUGAGUGCUUAUGACGACUACUGGAACGAGACAGGCGACGCCGACGACGACAUUCAGCGCAAGCCGACCCUUGGCGCCGUGCCUGAAGUGCCUGCCGCCCACGAGACUGCUGCCGGUGCCACGUCCGUGGACACAAAGGUCCCAGAGCCGACAUCGAGUCCGCCUCCGAUAGUCGCUGAUCCCGCCCCGGCGUACCAGUCAGUACGUGUUUCGCAGCCUCCAGCAUAUGAGGCGUCACACGCCAGUCAGCAAUUCGCUCCCAUGAGUCCCGAGUCGAGUCAGCCCGGUUCGGAUGCUGGAAUGCGGCGGCGCUUCUCGUGGGAAGCGGAGGAGGCGCGGGCGCAGCAGCCAGCGGCGACCCCCAAGGAAACCACACCUACUGCAGCCGCGCCGCAACCCGCUACGCAAGACAACCCAGUCCCUGUACAAGCUGGGACUGGGCAGCCAGCCGCGAAUCCUGUGUCACCGACUAUUAAGCUUGUGUCGGGGGAACCUUCCAUCUCGCACCAAGUCUCACUCGCCAGUUCCUCUCAUGCACCGGGUGGACCGCCCUCGCCUGUCUCUGACUUGAGCAACCGGGACGCCACGCCUCUUGCAGGUAACGGUCUAGGGCAAGGUGCCUCUCCCCUCGACGUCCAACCUCCAUCGGCAGCACGUGACUUGACGACAGGCGAUGCUCAUGCGCCGGCUGCUGGUGGUGUCUCAAGCCAGCCGACGCUCACGUUUCGCGAGAUUAUGAACAUGUCCAGCCCGCAAGACCGCAUCGCCAAGUACGAGGAGUCUCGCAGCAUCUUUGCGAACCAGGAAUCAGGGUUGAGCAACUGGCUCGCAGCGCUCAAGGAGGAACACGCCGAGCAUGCCAAUGCCAACGGCUCCUACUCGGGGGCCAUGGCCGCGCCACCAUCACCUGCGAAUGCGUCGACCGCUCCGGGGCCCAUGCCCUCUGCACAGCAGCCCUACUACCAACAAUACCUGAGUGCGAAUGCCAACACACCAUCUGCUGGAUCGGCACCAGGAGGCUCGGCGCGGUCACGCCUCGCUGGCUUCCCGAUGCAAGCUCAACAAGCUGCCGGAAGCGCCUUUGGGGGCUCAGGUAACCAGAUCGGCACCAAGGGCAAGGAGUUGAUGCACUCGGCCGGGAAAAUGGGCAAGGGGCUGUUUAGCAAAGGGAAGAGCAAGCUUCGUGGCACAGGGGACAAGGGUGAACACUCUCCGCCGCCGGUGGACCGAAGCCCCGAGCAGCCACCGCACCAGGGCCCAUCGAAAAGCGACCGUCGAAUGUCAUGGGCCUUUAGCCUGGGGCCCAAGUCCCGCGAGAACACGAGCUCCCACCCUGUGCCGUCGUCCGGCACUGCUGGGGCCGAUACGAGCUCUGCUGGUGGAGAUCCGAGACUGUCGAUCCAUUCCGAGCCGCCGCGACUAGCGGAGCCACCGCGUCUGUCCCCUAUGGACGGUGGCGGACAAGGCGACCUUUGGCCCGUGACAGCGACGACGACGACAACGACGACAAACGAACGCAAAGACGCAGGCAAUGACCCCGUUUCGCUCUCCCAAAUUGACGUGGCUCCUGCGCUAGGGCUGCGGAAUCCUCCGCCCCCAAAUGGAAAUGAGCACGUUGCGGGGGGACCCGGCCAACAAGGCCCAGAUCCAGACCCGGAACGGCUGCCAGCAGUUGAGGCAGGGCAGAGGCCAUUGAGCGAAGCGGAUUGGGUGCUGGUUCCCCGCCAGACCACUGCUGCGCAAGACAUUGUCGCUGGCUCUGACGCGCGUGUCGCUCCGUGUCUCUCUCCAAAAUCUGUCGCUGGACAGGCUGCUGCUGAGGGUAGUCGCAUUGGCACUGGCAUGGCGUCGCAGUCGCAACCAGACGCGAGGCCGGAUGCCCAGCGCCACUCGUCUUUCAAGGGACUCCCGCCGUUGCGAAGGAACUCGUCAUUUGGCCUGGCUGCAUUAAUUGCGGCCGAUGAACAGCAGCAAGUCGAGGCUGGUGCUCCUGGACGCGACGCGCCUGCCCAAGGCGGCCCAAUCGCUCAGCCUCACCAAGCUCCAGCUCAUCAACCUCAACCUCACCCUCACCCUCAGACUCAGCCCUACCAAUAUCAAAAUGGCACCAUUGCCCAUCAGCAUGCUGACGGCGCCUCACCACAGCCGAUCGAAGAGGCCAGCCAUCGCUCCGUUGGAGUCGACAGCAACGCGACUCUCGUUGGGCAAGAAAGCACCAAUCACACUGGUCACAGUUCAAUAAGCAUAAGCAAAGAGCCUAUGCGGGUUUAUCAGAACCAACAAGGUGAUCAACCAGCCCCAGCCGAUCCCAACACCGGCGCACCACGCCAGGGUACUUCACAACCCCAGCAAUCGCCCGGCCAGCCUGAUGCUAGUCCGCAGCCGCCUUCAGGGUGGCAGCUCGAGGAGAGCCACUUGAGUGAACCGUUGCAGGUCGCCAGACGCCGGGCAGGUACCGGCAGCUCGCAGCAGCAGGUCACCACCUGUGGCUCUCUCGAGAAAGAAACAGGCGGCACCUUGCCCAUGUCUCCUUUAUCCCCUGCCUCGGGGCCGCAGCAGCAGCAGCAGCAGCCGACGCCUUCACCGCACCCGCCCCGCGGAAGAUCAUCAGAUGUGCCCCCUUCGUCGGCUCGACGUUAUCCGGAACUCUUCAGACCUGCGAACCAGCCGCAGCGUGACCGCGCCGACUCUGGAGGCCAAUCCACGUCGCCCCCGACGCAAGGACUCUAUCAGACACUCAGCCAAGUCGGCCCCGCGCAACACCCUUCUUGGGCCGGACUCGAGGGUAGCCCUGCACUAAGUGAGGGCCGCAGGAAGUCGUCCAACAUCUUCAAGGGUCUGGGCGAUCGCCUGUCCGGCAGCAAGUUGAACGAGCGUCGCAGUUCCCUGGCCGAGCAGAGCACUCCCCCCAAUGGACAGCAGCCAGUCGGUUUCCAUGCCAGCGUUCAAGCACAGGACCCAUCGGAGCAGCCCAAGAAGAAACGCUCGAGUUUCUUACCUAGUCUGAAGCAACGACCCUCGCAUGAUGCAGUCGAUGAGCCUCGCGCUGGAGGUAUCCACCGUCCAGCAACGCAGGAGACCAUGCAGCCACCGGAAAGGGCGCAGACGGGUACGCUGCAGUCCGAGAAAAAGAGGUCACUCUUGGGCUCUUCGGCGGGUCGAGUGUCUGCUGCGCACCUGAAGUACAUCCCUGGCGGUCUCCCCGGUAUCACUCGUGCGUCCACUUCCGACGUUGCUGGCGACUCAAGUAUCACCACUGGUAAUGACACUUCAAGCAUGGAACCCCCGAAGAAGCGGUUUUCCGGCUUUGCUGACAAGGCAGCUGGUCUUGCGGGCAGGCUACACAGACCGAGUCAAGAACUUGCCAAGCCUAGCCCAUCCCACUCGACUUUUUCCCCCAUGAACCAGCUGCAUCAGCCUCAGCCUCUUGGUGCGGCGAGCCACCAAUCCCUCCCACCACCGCAUUCUCGGCCGAGGGACCGCCGUAGUACGGUUGAAUCGACUGACUCUCAAACAAUGGUGCCGCCGUCUGGCCCAGACGCCGAAGGCGUCCGACAAGGUAGGAGAGGCUCUUCCACAGGAGCCAUAGACCAUCUCUGGGGGAGCAAUAGAUCCUCCUCGAAAACAAGACAGCCAGAGCAACCAGGGCCAUAUGCUGGUCCGCCCGGAUCACUGUAUGGCGAUGGGCAAGUUGUCAUGGGACCGCCCGGCUCCUCGCAAGGCCCCGCUGGCCGAGGCAGCUCGAUGGACGCUAGCUCACGGGCGUCUAGGCAGUUCAUUGCCCAGACUCUACCUGCCCGCCUGUCUCCUCUUGCCCAGCAGUCGGCGGCUCAGGGUCCAUCGUCCCACAUCGAGUACCAGCCUUCUCACGCGCCGCAAGAUCCAGCAGCAUAUGACAACAAUGGCCGCGCAGAAUCGCCUGUUGACGCGGGCCCCUCCGUCACUGGCUACGCAGGCCAGGAUGAGGUAUCCAAAGCAUCAAUGGUUUCACCCGUAGGGUCCGUCACUACUGAGCAAGGACACCGUGCUUCGGUAACCGAGGAUAGCGUGAACCGAUCUUUGUCGCAGCGAACGGUGGAGGACCCCCAGGCCACGCCAACUUCACCUGUCAAACGCCUGCCAACUCCUCACGCGAGCGUUUUGCUGUCGUCAAUGGCGCCACCUAGUGGUCCAGGACAGUCGUCUGCGACCACCCUGCCGACCGAAGGCACUGCACCGGAUGACUCCCUCAUCCAAGACGGCAGGGGGCCCGGACAACAGGGACGCACAAGACAGGACUCCAGCCUGCCAUCGUCAUUGCAAUUUGAUCGAAACGUCUCGCUGCGGAAGCCCGUCCCGCAGGCGACGUCUAUUCCGUCACGUGAGAGCACUCCUGUACACACGGAAGCCGUGCCGCCAUCCGCCCACGAUGGAUCACCUGCACGGAAGAGGGCUGUCUCGGCACUUGUCCAGCAACCGGGCUCUCAACCUCAAUCACCGGUGGGCUUCCGGCCGUCCCCUUCUCCUGCCGGGCACCAGUCAUCCCCUAAUCCGGCACAGCAGGCAACGAAGCUGUCGCCGCCUUUGCGGGCGCAGGGACAUAUCCGGCCGGGGCAGGUCCCGAGCCAACAGCAGCAGGGGAUACCACCUCAAAGCUCUCCCUUCCCUGGACAGCAGCCCGUGCAGCCCACUGUCGGCAGCGAGUCGAAGCUGAAGGGAUGGAAGGCCCGCAUGUCUGCAAUGGGGCAACCCUCGCCCCAGAAUGGCCAGCCAAAGCCAGCCCAGUCGCAACCGGGCAGCCACCGCAGCAGUCCCAAUGGAGACCUAGUCCUGCGCAGCAAGCUCAAGGGGUUCCAGCAUUGGCACAGCAACCGUUUGCGCCUCACGACGCGUACGGACAGUACACCCAGCAGGGCCGAGGUCAGCCGGGGCCACCUCCUAACGCUGGUCCUCCUCAAUUCUAUCAGCAACCCCAGCAGUACCGACAUGGGGGCCAGUAUGUUCAACAACAGCAACACGCUCCGGAUCCUCUUCCUGGGCGGCCUGGACAGGCCCAUUAUACUGCUCCUCAGCAUAGACCGCCCCAACCUAGCCAGGCACCUCAUCACGCAGAUAGGGCAGACUCAGCAGACUGGGAUGCACAGAGAUACGCUGGUCCCCCAGCAAGUUCAGAGCCAGGACCAACGUCGCCACAGCGCUACCACUAGCACCCCCCCUGAUCAUGGUAGCUUCAAUCUCCCCAUUCAAGGUCACAUUACCCCGAGCACGACUACGCCAGCCCGAACACCCGAUGAGGUCCCCUUUGAGGCUGUGCAGCAACGGGACUCUCUUCAACGUCCGUCAGCUCUGCGCCAUGACACAAUCAUGACUGAUGGUGGCCGCAGUGUUGAGUCAGGAGUGAUGGGCGGCUCUGGACAACGACUUUUGCCACCUGGACAGCCUCAGUUUGGUCACCACCUGCAGCCCCAGUCCAGCAACAUGAGCCUGAAUACACAGGAACCCUCGCGUGAGGGCAGUCAAAUCUCUUCUACAACCCCUGCCAACACCACUGAAAUCACCAGGCCGGUCUCUAUAAGCCCUGAUGCCGACAUUGUUGACCAACAUGAACGCAAUGCCAAGAAUCUCAACGUCGAUGUGGCCAAGUCGAACAAGGUGGACGAGGAGAACAUUUACGACGCAACACCUCGGCUGCAUCAGAACAGAACUGGCGCUUCUGACAACUCCAUGUCGGGAUCAGCAACGAGCGGCCGCAAGGUGCCUGUGACUUCUGUCAAGGACGCUGAGCAAGCCAAGAGGGACGAUCCUCCCAUGAUGGAGCUCGAGGAUACGGCGGCCGCACGCAUGCGCACUCUGCGACUGAAUUCGCAGGAAGAGAAAAUCUUCUACGACCCCGAGGGCGACGUGCCGAAAAUGAGUGCCACCAGUUAUCCUGGCCAGGAGUGGAACCCAUACGGCGAGCCUGAGUUUGGUGAUUGGAAGGAGGAUUGA